AUGAGCAUUGGAAAAUGUGAUAAUCCAAAUUGCAGUAAAAAAAAGUAUCGUGACAUAAAUGGAAACAUUUAUGGUUAUUGCUGUCGAACGUGCGCUCGUUCGUGUGUACGUGUCUGCGCUCGGUCCGGUUGCGGAAAAAAAGCGUACGGAGACCCUACAGAUUCAACCAAAUUCCACGUUUAUUGCAAUCCCAAUUGCUUUUGGCUCGACGGACAAAAUCUUACGACAACCAAAUUAACACUACUUGAUCCAAACGAUCUGGAUUACAUUAAUGGCGAGAAAAAAUUUCUUGCUGGACUGCCAAACGCAAAGAUUCAAGGGAUUUUAAGAAUUCAAAUGCCCCAAACCGUUGUUCAUGCGCAUCUUAUGAUGAAGCAACAAUCUGGAUUGAAAUCGCUAAAAAUGUACCAUGGAACACGUGCUUUAUGUGAUCCAGGUGCGUUAUUAACAAAUCUUACAUCUCAAUGUUCUCCAGGAACUACUUGUGGUGUCUGUGGUAUUACCCGUGAGGGCAAUAAUCCGGCUCGGUCUAAACACGGUGGGAACAUGUGGUUCGCGGAUAAUCCUUCAACAUCACUUGGCUAUUGUGGAGGCACAACUAAUUCAAAUUUAGCAAUCUUUAUGAUUGAUGUCUUGGCUCCAGCUGCAAGCAUUGUUAUUGUGAAUCAAGCUGCGGUUUGUAUAGUUGACCUUUUGAAUAUUCCUGAAUUACAUUGCUUUUUACUUUGA